AUGACCUGCCUACGAGUUCUCUGCCGAAGUGCUGUUCUUCUAUCAGUCGUCUUCGCCGUUGUCAAUGCUGCUGAAGAAGGAGUCCUAGCCGAUGCCGGUAAGGGAGCCCAAGAUAUCGUUAACGCUGCCGGAGAGAAGAUCUCUGGAGCUGCUGAGACCGUCAGCGACGCUGCUGGAAAGGUGAAGGACGCGGCUGUCGAUGGAUACGAGAGGGGAAGCGCCGCCGCUAGCGAUGCCGCAGAAUCCGCUGAGGAUAAGUUCGAAGAGGGAAAAGAACGAGCAGAAGAGAAAUUCCAAGAGGGAAAGGAAAAGGCAGCUGAGGAGAUCGAAUCAGGCAAAAUUGCAGCCAGUGAGAAGGCCGAUGAAGCCAGAGAUUACGCUGCUGAGAAAUUGCACGAAUCUGCUGACGCCAUCGAGUCGAAGUGA